AUGAACCUCGAGCAAUGGUACUUCUCGAUACCUGUCAUCACUCGGACAUUCCUCACGCUCUCCACGAUCACGAGCUUUGCUGUUACGUUUGACUUGUUGAGCCCUCUUCAACUCUAUUUAAAUUUCCACAGUGUAUUUUAUCAAUAUCAGCUAUGGCGAUUAAUUACCAACUUUUUAUUCUUUGAUAAAUUCAGUAUUAAUUUUAUACUUCAUUUGUACUUCCUCUAUUUCUAUUGUAGGAGGCUUGAAGAGCAUUCAUUUCAUAGAAAAACAGCAGAUUUCUUUUAUUUAAUAUUAUUCGGAUCAGUUGCAAUGAUUUGUAUUUCUCCUCUUCUGCAACUUCCGUUCAUGAGUCAUUCUCUAGUAAUAAUGUUACUUUAUAUUUGGAGUAGAAGAAAUCCUCAUGAACAAUUUCGUAUUUAUGGAAUAUUUACUGUCGCUGCUGGAUAUCUUUCAUGGGUUCUGUUAGGAGUUGGAUUAUUGAUGGGAAUGAAUGUUAUUCCUGGCGAGUUUUCAAAUGUUGAUCCCAUGAAAACUCCCUCAUUUCUUUGUAAAUUAUUUCCUGGAGAUCAUCAAGAAAUCGAGCAUGCUCCAGUAUUUAGGGAUCCACCCAAUUUCUUUGACGUGAAUAGAAAUGAGGAGGAAGAACGAAUGCGAGAACAGAUUGCACAAAAUAGAGAAAAUGCAGCAGAUCAUGCUACUAAUGCUGAUGGAGGUGUUGAAGAUGAGACACCCCACCACGAUAACUUGUCUAACAGCAAUCAAGGAACCGGUCCAACGGAGUUACACCGUAGACACACGUCAAGAGAUGAACAUGGCGAAGACAACGAGUAA